AUGAAAUACAGGAGCCUCAAAAUUAACACCACCUCUAUCGCGGCCUAUACAAGGAAAAACGAGCGGGUGGCCUAUAGCUCGACGAAGGGAGCGAUCGUGAAUGUUAUGAGGAGCUUGAGCUCGAAGCUCGUGGGGAGAGGGAUUCAGGUGAAUGAGAUUGUCCGCAUAUCCUUUUGGACAUCGUUGCACGUUCUCAUGAUGCCGCCGGAGAGGAUGACCACGUUGGAAUGCGAAGUGUCGAUGAAGAGGGCGGGAACGAUUUAUGAGAUCAUACCGUCAUUUGUGUUUUUGGCUUCUCGUGAUUGUUCUUCUAAUGUUUUUGGCAUAGGGAUGGUCAACACAUGUAUGUUCGGAGGACGGUGA